UUCUCGUGUGACUGUCUCAAGUCAGACCUCCUUGUGGGAAAAAUAUAUAUACACAUGGUUUCCUAAGCACACAGUCUUAUAGUUUCUUAUAAGCUUCCUAUGCAGAACCUUAGUUACUAGGAAGAGAACAGAGAUAUUUUACUGGUCAUGUCCCCUUCACUGUCACCCUUGAUAUGUUCCAGCACUACAAGAUAAAUAUUAAUUGACCUACUGAGCCUCUUGUCCUCUUCCCUAUUAUCGUCGAUGGAAGCCUCAAUGACUUAUUUGUGAUAAAUUGCUUGCUAAUUUAGGUUAUGUAUUCCCUUAUGUGCUGCAGGUUUUACAGGAACUAUGUCUAUCACAAGGUUUUGAAUGGGUCCUUAAAAGUGGCGAUGGAAAUCCACAAAAGUAAAGUUCAUGCAACCAAAUUCUACGUUAGUCUACGAGGUGCUACACCAUUAUUAUACUUCUCUGCCAACUUUAUUUAUUCACUAUCUGGAAUUCUAUUUGGCCGGAUUAGGUCACCAGAGUAUGAUUUGCUAUCUAGCAUGAUCUUGUAUGCAGUGAUGAUCUCAGACCAUAGGAAGGCAGGCAAGAUAAAGAAAAAGACAAUAGAUCUCGAAAUUUAACUUCGUUUACAUAUAUGGUUAUUCAUUGUAAAGCUAAAUUAGUCUCUAAGCCAAGGAUCGAUGAGUCUUUUCCUUGUGUUCGUAUUUGUUGACUGGGCAUUGUAAGAAUCUUUUUAGAGGGUAAUUUUUCAUGUCCAUUGCUUCUAAUGGGCUCUUCUCUCAACAUUGAUAUAGGGUAUAAUAUUGAAAUGUUGUGAACUCUUUAAGUCCCUCAAAGAAACCCAAAUGUCGAGUUGUUUAAUGGCUUGUUUGGUUGGACUUUGAAAAAGUCAAAGCUGUUUAUAAGAUUAUCGAUGUUUUUGGAUAA